UACGGCACCAUGAAUGGCACAGAGGGCGUUAACUUCUAUGUGCCCUUCUCAAACCGAACGGGUUUGGUACGGAGCCCUUUUGAGUAUCCGCAGUACUACCUUGCAGCUCCCUGGAAGUUCUCAACGUUGUGCGCCUACAUGUUUAUGCUUAUUAGUCUGGGCUUCCCCAUCAACUUUCUGACACUGGUGGUAACUUUCAAGCACAAGAAGCUUCGGCAGCCCCUCAACUAUAUUUUGGUUAACUUGGCUGUUGCAGGUCUCUUUAUGGUCUGUUUUGGCUUCACCAUCACCUUCUAUACAGCCAUGAAUGGCUACUUUGUCUUUGGACCUACAGGCUGUGCUAUAGAAGGCUUCAUGGCAACACUUGGAGGUGAGGUAGCUCUCUGGUCCUUGGUCGUGCUGGCCAUUGAACGAUACAUUGUAGUCUGCAAGCCAAUGGGAAAUUUUCGCUUUUCUGCUACUCAUGCUUUCAUGGGCAUUGCUUUCACCUGGGUCAUGGCACUGAGUUGCGCUGCCCCACCACUAUUUGGCUGGUCCAGAUAUUUGCCGGAGGGAAUGCAGUGUUCAUGUGGACCAGACUACUACACUAUGAACCCACACUACAACAAUGCCUCCUAUGUUAUCUACAUGUUUGUUGUGCACUUCUUUAUUCCAGUAGUUAUAAUCUUCUUCUCUUAUGGACGGCUCAUAUGCAAAGUCAAAGAGGCAGCAGCAUCACAGCAGGAAUCAGCAACAACCCAGAAAGCUGAGCGAGAAGUCACACGCAUGGUUAUCCUCAUGGUUAUUGGGUUUAUGUUUGCCUGGACCCCUUAUGCCACUGUAGCUUUCUGGAUUUUUAUGAACCAAGGGGCUGACUUCACUGCCACUCUCAUGACCAUACCUGCCUUCUUCUCCAAGAGCUCCUCCUUAUAUAACCCUAUUAUAUAUGUCCUGCUAAAUAAACAGUUCCGUAACUGCAUGAUCACCACAAUCUGCUGUGGCAAGAACCCACUUGGAGAUGAUGAUGUGUCCUCCACAGCCUCUCAAAGUAAGACAGAAGUGUCCUCAGUGUCUUCUAGCCAAGUAUCUCCGGCAUAG